AUGGAUGCAGAUGAUGAUGAUGUUCCUGCACUCUCCGCUGAGACAUUUGCAGCUCUCCAAGAGUUUUACGCUGAGCAGCAGAAGAGACAGGAGAUACUUGAUAAACUGGAAGCUGAUAAUAAACUAAAGGAAAAUAUUUUGUUUGAUGAAAAUUGGCAACUGAGCCAGUUUUGGUACGAUGAAGCGACAGUGCAGGCGCUAGUGCGCGUAAUAGAUAAGACGCUGGACGCUGGAGGUCGGGUAGCGCUCAUCUCCUGCCCCACACUUUUCGUGCCAGUCAAGCGUCAACUGGGCGAUAAAGCUACAGUGACUCUGCUGGAAUACGACCGACGAUUCGAGGUACACGCUCCAGACUUCGUGUUCUACGACUACAACUGUCCAGACAAGUUACCGCCAGAACUCCUCGGCUCCUACGAUCUGGUGGUAGCUGACCCUCCCUUCCUCUCCGAAGAGUGCAUCACCAAGACAUCGCAGACCAUCAAACUUAUGGCUAAGGAUAAAAUAAUUGUCUGUACUGGAGCCAUAAUGAAAGAUAAAGUAAAGGAACUGUUAGGACUUGAUUUAUGCGAAUUCCAACCUCAUCAUAGAAACAACUUGGCCAAUGAAUUCUCCUGUUACGCUAAUUUUGAUGUAGAUGGGAUUUUAAGAUGA